CUGUGCUCCAUUUCCGAUCUCGUUCGUUUCUGUGUCUGCUGCUCGUUGUGUCCGUUCGAGGGGCUGCAGAGGGGAGACCUGAGAGGUGAUUGAAUAUGUCUUCUUGGGUGAAAGUCACUAGGGAUCAGCCACAGAAACCAGUAGCUGGCAAAAAGAAGCCAAGCUGGAUUCCUCGCCUUCUAGACAUUAAUCCAUACAAGCCAAGUCAAAAAGCCUCAUUCUCAGAACAGUAUACUAGAGAUCUGGAAGAAGAGAACAGCUUUGAAGAACUGUUUGGAAAGAAAUAUAACUUUACUUCUGGAAAUGAAGAAUACUGUGAGAGAUACCAAUAUUCACAAAACAGCACUCAGUACAAUUCUGAUGACCGAAGGGAGAAGCUUUAUAUGAAGUUCUAUCAGCAGAUCCAAGAUGAAUACCACAAAGAGAGACCUUCAGACUGUGUGAUUGUUGCGAUCAGCAAGGAUCAGAUGGAGUACGCCACUGCCAUAGGCCAUCGAUUACAGGAUCAUGGCCUUGUGGUGGAGAUGAUAUACUUGACAUCAGAGUCCGGUCUCACACGCGCCCUCCAGGAGGUUAAAAAUGAUGGCUCCCCGUUUUGCAUACUAGUUGAACAGUCAAAUGUAGCUCUGUCCUCUUGCACUGCAAUCAUUCUUCAUGAAUCUAUCAAAAGAUCCAAUGGCCACCUUACUUUGGAAGUUGAGGGGUGCUUACAGUUCUUCAGAGUACACCGUAAUAUGCCCAUGGAGGAUGCCCUGGCUCUGAUAGUUAAGGCAUUUGGGAAAAUUUUUGGCGAGCGUGAACAGCAGGAGCGUAAUGAGAUUUCACACAAAGCGGCUGAUCUGGCGGAUGACUACCUGGAGAGGCAACUCUAUCAAUCUUACAAUGUCCCUCUGGACAUUAGACACCUUCUCUUCCUCUUAAGCGAUGGCAAAUAUUUAUAUUCUGAAGAGCUGAACGCAAUCAGUGACUACCUGAAGACCAGGAUAACUGAACUGGAAGGCUAUGAAGAAGCGGACACUACUGAGCAAGCAAACAGUCACUCCAGCACUAAGACACAUCUCCUGGAGAAGCCACCUCCUCUCCUUCCAACUCCUGCAAGAAAUUCCUAUAUAGCACAGCCUAAGCCUUCUCUGCUUGGUGACAGACCUUCAGGUGGUGGUCUCCUCCCAACUCCAGGCUUUAACACGACAGAUCAAACUGAAGAUGGUGUCAGUGCUGUAUAUGAAGCUAAUAUACCAGCAAUUGGUUCUGAUGCACUGGCCAAGCCUCCACCACUCCUCCCUACUCCAGGCAGAACUCCACUGAUGGCAAUCGGGAAACCAUCUCUCCUGCGUGACAGACCCUCUGCCGGACUUCUCCCUACACCAGGGCUUUCUGCUGCAAAAGGUAAACCACCACCUCUUUUGGCAAUGCCCCCUAAAAGACCACCACUCCUUGGGUUUCCACCUCACUCACCGGCAAAACGUCCAUUGCUUGGGGACAAACCUGGUCUCCUCCCAACCCCACCUGUUUCUGUGAACACUACUUCACUUCUCUGGCCGUCGAAGCCCAAACCUUUGCUGAAGUAAGGAUAGAAGAUCUCCUCCUGUCAGUAUCUAUUGUAUACCCAGUUGUACUUGUAAUUCAGUAUUAGAGCAGUGCAGCAGAAUUGUGAUAUUUGUAAAGUCCCCUACAUUCCUAAAGGAUCUUAUUUUUUUUUUUUUUUAUUCUUUAUGAUGUGAUAUAUAUACGGUUCCUCCAUAACUUGUUACAGAGUGCAAAGCAGAAAUCAAAUUUUCAGGUGCAAUGUAAGUUGUCAAGAGAACUACUUUAUUGUUUGUAUAUUCCCCCCCUCAUGAUCUUUUCUUGGGAAAGAAUAAA